UUCAGUUUCCUUGUACAAGGUUUGAUUUUAUUAGCUCACUUCAAAUUGUUUGACUAAAAUUGGAAAAUCGAUCAUUACAUUUAUUAAGGAAACAGAACAUGUCCAUAAUCUAAAAAUAUGAAGAUGAUUUAGUACUAAGGAAGUGUCUACAAAUAUCUCCAUUACUGGGCAUUAGUGUGCACAAAAUUUAUGUCUUGUAGGCUGUUUCUCAGAUUUUGCACCAAAGAUCAGCCAUUUUGGUUUGUUACGUUCUGAGUAUUGUAAAGUACCCCGUACUUGCAGGGGAUUGAGAGGCAAGUAAAAUUUUGGUUUCGAGAUCGAGACUGAAUGGUUUGUAAGUGAUGGAUUUACUUAACUAUGUAUACUGGUAACCUGUGUAAUCUUCUGAAGCUUUCACUAGAGUGCUAAAAACCACAGAGUGGGACAAAGGUUGACCAGGUACAUUUCAGAUCGAGUCCCAUCAUAUUUCUUUGUUCAUGGUAAAUACAACGCUGGCGUAUUUGUGAGAUUAUCUGAGUCAUAUACUCGUCUUGCAUCUUGUUCUUGAUAUGGAAGUACAAAUGUGUGUCCCGUGCAAAAUAUUUUACAUAAAUUAAUGUUGACUUCUGUAUGGUAUCGAUAUAUGUGUGUUUUUGCACUGAGGUAUAUCAAUAAUAGAAAUAUUCUGAGGGUUGGGGUUGGGUAUUGGUCUGUAAUUAGUAUAGAUAAAGACAAGUGGGAGUGGGGAAGGAAAGAAGGAAACCAGCUCUGUCUGUCUCUUAGUGACCUGCUUCCUUAUAAUGAAGAGAUGUAUUUUACUGUUUUACACUUUUGUUGAAAAGGGGAAGAAAAAUGCAUGACUGUGUAUUUUUAAGCACUUAUGCAUGGUUGCCGAGAACGUGUAUCUAUUUUACGUACUUGAGUUUACUUGACUAUGAUAUGGCAGUAGUAAUUUUGUUGUCGGUAAACAAUGCAUGUACAAAUAUGAGGGAAACCAGUACUUGAUCUGUAUGUAGACUCACUACCCUCUCUGCUUGUCAGAAGGAAAAUGGAACAAAUCAGACUGACACAGCAUCUUUGAUCUGGCUAUUUCCUGGUACUUAGAAGUGGGGGAGUUAUUCAAGGAAGGAUACCUUUAGAGCUGAAUUUCUGAAGGAAAUCGACACUUGAUGAUAAACAGUCUCUAGCAUUAUCCUGCGUCUUCCUUCUCUAUUUCUGGGACUACUAAACAAUGGCUAAGAGAAAUUCUCCACAGGAGAAGUGUCUCCUUCGCUUUGUGGAUGAAACCUGACAGUACAACAAUGGCAGACAUGCCAUAUAGACUAGGAUAACAGUAUUUCAUGUGCGCUAUUUGGGAAUGGCUAAAAAGGCGGAGGAUAGGACUUACAAUGUCAGUGUUAUUGGGUUUUCAGGGUCGGAGAAUGUGAAGGGGCCGGUGGGGGUGGGAAAGUCCUGCCUGUGUAACCGAUUCAUCAACGAUGUGGCGGACAAAUAUCACAUGGAGCACAUCUCCGUCCUCAGUCAGACGGACUUCGCGGGGCGGGUGAUAAAUAACGACCACUUCCUCUACUGGGGAGAGACCACCAAAACUGAUGAGGGGAACAACUUCACAUUCCAUGUUAUUGAACAGACGGAAUUCAUCGACGAUGUCUCCUUCCAAUCUUUUAAAACUGGCCGCACAGACAACUACUACAAGAGGAGUACGCAAGUGAAAGUGCAGUCAGCGGAGAAGUUAAUGUACAUCUGCAAGGACCAGCUAGCUUGGACAUAUGGUGGAAUGGAAACAGACAGUGCCUAUGAGCAGAAACUGAUGCCAGAAGGGAAGUUGAACAUUGAUGGGUUUAUUUGUUGUUUUGAUGUCAGUAAGGUUUCCCAGACAACCAUGGUGCACCAAGUAGAUUUUGUUACUACCUUGUUGAAUGCAGCCAUGAAAACUAAGAAACCUAUUGUUCUGGUCACGACCAAGAAUGAUGAUGCAGACAAAAGGUACUUACAGGAAGUUGCAAAAAUCGCAGCCCGAAAGGAUUACAAGGGCAACAUUCCCAUCGUCGAAACUUCUGCUCACAAAAAUGUCAACGUGGAACAAGCUUUCUUAGUGCUUGCUCAUAUGAUGGACAAGAACAAGCGCCGACCAAUUAUCACCCCUUACAUUGAUGCUUUUAAACAGCGUCAAGAAAUUGAAGAAGUAGCAAUCGAAGCAUAUAAAAAUCUGUUACGCAUUCAUGUGACAGACCCCAAGGCUGUGUUUAAAUCAUACCUUAGGAAACUGGAGAAAGAACCAGAUUUUAACCAUUAUGUUGAACUCUUAGGAACUGAAAAUGCAAAGAAAUUGUUUCGUCAGCAUGCGAGACAGUUACGCGAGGACCAGAUCAGAAAAAGGGAACAAAUAUUUUCUACGAGGCUGCCAGAUUUGAUUCAACGGUUUUUACCUGAUUUAGAAACCAUUGGAAACAGGUCGUGGAGUGCUUGUCAGAAAUACAUCAAAGAUCACAAAGACUUCAACCACUACUUUGUGGAGGUGUGUAAGCCGGGGGAAGGGGAAACCUGGAAGAUGGUGCCCAAGUUCAUUGAUAACUACAAUGAGACGAGGACGCCGUUUGACAUCUUGAGCUCGCCCGAGGGAGAGGCUGUGUACCAAAAGCAUCUCAAGCAGCUCCAAGAGGCGCACAAGAAAAUCCAACUGAUGCAACAGUUCAAAAAGCUUCUGUCAGAGACCCCUCAGGUGACCCCCGGGGCCACCCUAGAGGACACCUAUCUGUUGUUUGUGGGCAAGGACUGCUACAUUGGGCUGUCCCAGGCGGAGCGGGACGACGUGUUUGAUGACUUCCAGGAAGACCUGAAGUACCAGGUGAAGCAUGAGCUUCACGAGCUGCUGUGGGAGAGGACGGCCACCUUCAUACAACAGAGGAUGCAGCCCAACUCCUCCCACAAACUCACACAGGAUGAUCUCAACAGCAUCAAGGCCGAAAUCGAGAAGGACCCCAGGUACCGUCGGCUGGACAAGAUGGAGGAUGAGCGUGACGUGAUCCUGAUCAACCACCUCGGGUUCUUGGAGUGUCCCUCCAGCGAGCAGUGCUACUACAAGGAGCUGUGUGCCGAGACUCAAGUGCAAUCAGUAUUAGAGACAGCUGCCAAGACAGUCAAUCGAUCAUCAAACAGAAUAUCAGCUGUUUCUGAAAAGGAAUGUCCACUGAAUUUAGUCCUCCUGGGAAAUGAAGAUCUAGCCAAUAAACUUCUAAAGCAAAUUAGGGAAAUGUUUGAACACGACCUGUUCCAGUAUAAUGACACCAUAUACCAGGUCGAUUAUCGUCCAAUCGGGGAAGAUGUAAGCCUGGAACAGAAUGCUUUCCAGACUGCAGAGUUUAAGCCAAAUGGUUGUUUAUGUAUGUAUAAAUCUGAAUCCUCGCUCAAUUAUAUUGCCUCAAGUCUGGAGACCGUUCUGACUGCGGAUGUACCGGAGGAAGAAAGCCUGCGUAAUCUGCCAAUUGUCAUCAUCCAUGAGUACGACCCCCAGCUAUCGGAGAAAGACAGCAUGAAACUCAGUCAGAAAGGACAGGACCUCGCCAGAAAAAUGAAUUGUGAUUUUGUAUACAUUCCUGAGGAAAACAACCCUGAGAACAUGCUCCUGAUACAGGUAGAGGACGCUCUCCUAGCCCUGGUCCGAACGUCCAAUGGAUUCAAUCUACAGCUAGAACCUCAGCUAAGAAUUGCAAUGUGUAUUAUGUGUGGUGAGGACUUCAGUGUGGAUAUUCCUAUGGGCCCCGUUCUGAACAGCAACGCCACCUAUGUAGAUGUAGAAACAGAUCUCUCCGUAUCCCUAGAGCUGGAGUUAGAAAGUACAUCUGAUGGGAGCAAACAGAAAGUAGAAGUUUGCGUGGGGUCCUACCAUAAUUUUAUCACCCGAGUAUUUCGGGAUGAGGAGGAGUUUCAAGGUUUUAUUCUAGUCUACAGUCCUGUACGACAGGCCUCGUUUGCUGCAAUGAAAGCAUAUGCAGAUAAUUUGCGGAACUUAUUUUCCAUAAUGCCUUUGAUGAUUAUUGCUGUCAAAGAUCCACUCACUCGAACUUCUUACCAGAAGGAAUUAAUAACAGCUGGGGAGAUAACAGCUGAGGACUUAGUAGCGGAGUUCAGACUCACCACUCAAGACUUCAAGAAACAAGCCAAUGUGUACCUGCCCUUCAUGAAGGAGGCUUGGAACAAGCGAGAUCAGCAUGAGUCUAUAUACUCUGACCCCAAUAGUCCCCCCUACGACACCAAGUUGGACAUGAGGCCCCCCGCGCCCCUCCCCGACUCCUUCCCCACCACCAACAGUAGCAGUAAUAGCCAAAGUACAGAGGACAGUCUGGAUGUGAAAGAGACGCAGUACUCUCAUGAACCGAUCUAUGACAAGCCUUUCACGCACCAUCACCCCUCAGACGGUGAGCAUGAGAGGCCUUACUCGACCACGCCCCCACCCAGACCCACUAGUCCUCCCAAUGGAGAGCUGCCCAGCCGAGACCAGCUGGUCAAGCCCAGCAUGUUAAGGAAGAACAGAGGAUCUAAUGCAGUGGGAUACCACCGGGAAGUGUUUCGCAGGUCUUUUCCUGUAAUCGAAACUGAUUCAUUACGCUUGAUAAGUUACAAGAGUCUGGAACAGCCGGACUCUGAGAGCACUCAGAGUCCAUUUCAGUUUAGGAAAUCUUGUAGUAUGAAACUUGUGGUCAAGGACAAAGAGCCAGCAUGGGCACUAAAUGAACCUCAGAGACAGAAGAAAGCGUCCACUUUUCCGACCGACGUGCGUCAGUCCGCCCGGGAUAAUGAUACUUGGACCGACCCCUCAGCACGGGAAUCCACUGGGUCCCAGAAUUCCGCGGAGGACACAACCUGGGUGGAGAAUGAUCUCUAUGCAAGAACCUCAACUAUCUUAAAUGAGUCAGCACUCAAGGACUCGCCAAAGAAACCCUUCAAGGGAGAUGCUCCCCUGGCUCAGCCAGAACAGGACAUUAGUCUGGCUGACUACGGUGUUCCCAAGGACCACUGCUUUGUCGGGGCCGGAGAGUCAGAUUAUGACACUGUAUAUGGGGCGCUGGAACCAGGUCGUAGACAGCGCAUCAUGUCACAGGAACGCAAGUCCAAAAAAAAAGCUCAAGAAUCGGAUGACUCUGAAGAGUUCAGUUCGCUGGAGCGAGAAAAGCGAGAGAAAGACUCUAUCUACAGCAGAGUGAACCGAAAACCAACGCCACAUAAAAAGAAGACGAAGCAGAAGCAGCAGGACGGCCGUGUGUACACUAUCCCCGUGUACACGGACGAAAGACCGCAGGGGAACAGGCGCAGGGAUAACCGAGAGCGGAGCAACUCCCCGACAGAAAGUGAAGGAACGGGGGACGAGAUGUCCAAAACUCCACUGAAGAAAUGCAUGAUAAAGCAAAGGAAGUGGCACGGGGUGACCGACAAUUGUAUUAUGAGUCCCCAGUCCUCUCCAGGAAACUUUACAGAUUUUGAAAUGACCAAAGAAUACUCCAGUACCAUGCCAAGGGGCGGGUUUUCCAGUGCGGACGGGGACUAUGACCUGAACGACAGUGGAAGCUGGAUGACCAAGUUCAGGACCCUGAAACCCGAGAAAAACCGUAGAAAGGAGGAGAAGAAGUUCAAGGACGGAGAAAGGAGGAGGCAGAAAGAGGAGGAGAGAAAACAGAAGGAGCAACAGAAAGCCCAGAAGAAGAAGAAGAAAGAUGGUCGGCCGGGGACGUCGGAGAGCGGGUGUAAGCUCAGCGAGUUCCCCAUGUCCAGCAACAACCCCUCCCUGCCCCAGUUUGUGGAGACUUGUGUAGAGUUCAUAGACAAUGAAGGUAUGAAUACAGAGGGUAUUUAUCGAAUCCCUGGCAACAAGCUGCAAGUGGAACUACUCCAGGGUAAACUACAGGAGGAUCCAUCGCUGGACAUCCACACGCUGGACAUCCAGGUCAACGCUGUGGCGACAGUGCUGAAGAACUUCUUCAACGACACCGAGCCCCUGAUUCCCCCGAGUCUACACGACGAGCUCCUGGAGGCAGCAGCAAAUAUUACUGAGCCAGAUGAUGAGUCGGAAGGUAUGCCUGACAAGAGCUCCAAGUUACUGGCUUUGAGGGGUGUUCUCAAGAAGAUUUAUCCUACAAAUUAUGAAGUGCUAAAAUAUUUUAUUACUCAUCUGAAGAGAGUUAGCCAACACAAAUCUACCCAUAACAUGAACAGUUCAAACCUGGCCAUCUGUUUGUGGCCCACCCUCCUAAGAAUCGACUUUACCGGUAAGACUUACACGGACAUGACACAGAUGACUAGGCUGCCGGCCAUUAUAGUCCAGACUCUUAUAGAGCAGUGCGGUUUCUUUUUCCACGGGGAGGAUGAAAUCUCGGAGGUGGUGUGAUGAGGGUGGGCUAGUGUUUAUCCGACACAGAGACCCUUUUGCCUGAUUAUUUAGCUCAUAUCACUGUAGAGUGCAGUAACGGAGAGACAUUAUACGUUAACAUGUGGCCUUGCCUGUGCUGAGAGAUGAGUGCAGAGAACGGGGACUGAUUGCCAGCUAAGCAGGCCGGGCCUGCAUGCCAUACAAUGGCGGACCAGCACCAGAAGGCAUUCUGGCAGCUAACAGGUUGGCACGAGUCACGGAGGCAUUUUCUUGUUCAUUAACUGUAUAGUGUUUUAUUUACAAUUUUAGUGGGCCAAUAUACCAGUGCAUAAUAUGUGUAUGAGAGAAUGUUGCAAAAGAAUUAGGGCAAAUGAUGCUUUGUUGUCAGUGAUACGAAAUAUUCCGCCUCUCUUUCUUUUUUUUCUUUUUUUCUUUUUGCAUAUAGUCAGAGUGAAUAUUUAGUGUACUAUUUGUCCAAAUUUAAGAUGUAUGCAAUCCUGAAAUAGUGAGAGUGUUGUUAAAGGGAGAUAAGCAAGUGGUCACCACUUCUGGAUAUCAAGUUGUAUUAUAGUCAUUGUGUGAAGCUAACCACAAACUUGGAAACCAUUUUUUAAAAUGAACUGUUAUUUUGACAUUCUACUGUUUUGUUAGAGAAACUUUUUUUUCAGCUGUGAUUUUACAAUGUUGAUUUUUGUGGUAUCUUUUUCUUAUACUAUGUUAUUUUAACUCAUUAUGAAACUGUUAUUUUUGGGAGAAUCAAGUUCUAUUUUAUUUACCUUGAGUGAAAAAACCUGAAACAUUGCUACAUGACAAAACCCUAAAUGUGCAGUCAGUGAUGAUCUUCUUUAUUUGAAACAAAUAUUUUCUCUAUCUAUAUUUACUGUAUUUCAAGGUGGAAGAAAAUGCUGAUUUUUCACCAAUUCAUCCUAGUACAAAUCCCACAGAAAAUUUUUACUUUCAUUACAGUGUGUUAUGUUACUUUCAUUUUCCUUAAAUUUAUCAGACUUUUACCUAUAUAUCCUCAAAGGGCUUCAAGUAUAGAUUUUUUUCAUAAUUAAGUUAUCAAAUAUGGAUCAUAAGUGUAAUGUGUAAAAACUCCAUGUUGAGUACAUUUUAUCAUGAAUUAUAAUUUUACCUGUACUUAUUUAUAUAUGACACCUUAUAAAACCAAAUUAAUUUGUGUAAAAUUGGAUGACUACACCAGUUAAUUGUAUUUAUUAUCAUUACAUAUUUAUAUUAUAUAAUGCCUGCUUAUAAAUGAUAGCCCCUUAUGUAAUACACACUCUAAGUCAAAAUAGUUGGAUGUGUAUUCGGGUCAUCACUGUUAUUCCUUGAAGUUAGCUCUAAUGGUCAAAGUUUCAAAUCAUGAAAAAAUUGUAAUUUAUAAAAGGCAUUCAAGAAUAUUAAAAGUAAUGUAGACUCCUAUUGUGCAUAAGAGUGAAGGGAGAAUAUUUUUUCUCCAUCAUUCGUAUGGUAAAAUCUGUGUAUGACUGAAUAAUGCCAAAUGAACCAUAUAAUUGUCACUCAGAUGAUUCAACAGAACCAAAUAAUUGGGAAAACAAGCAGUUACUGUUAUAAUAUGCAAUGACAAAGUGAAUGCAUCAUGACUUGAAAUUUCAUUGUUCCCCCUGAAACUCUCUAGUCCAAAAGUUGAUGUGUCUUUCUACCGCAUUGUGUGUUUGAGGACACAGUGUUCAUUGCCCAACCUGUGGAGGGGGGACUUCAUGUAUCAUCCAACAGACACUCUUCUUUUUUGUUUCAUAUCUUUGAAGUAGUGGACCAUUGACUAUUACAAUCUUAUACAUGUAGAAUGCCAAUGUUAUGCGUGUACAAUUGUAUUGCAUUCUAUGAUGAUUUAUUGUUUACGCUGCAAGAUAUUCAACUUGUGUAUUAACCUACUGAUGUUCUAGAAAUUCUCUGAUCGAAUUAUGGAUAUUAAGUUCACUGGUAACGUAACUCUUUUACAAUUUCUGAGUUACCGCAGUCCGUGGAUUUUGGUGUAUUUAAGUUAAUCAAGUUGCUAUAGCUACUAGGUGAUAUAUGAUUAUUUCCUGUACAAUAUUUUGCUCAGGUUAAUGUACGUAACAGAAACCUUUCACCAAAGGUGUGAUCUUCAAACCCCAAGAAAAAAUAAUUGAAAUGUUGAGAAGUUUGUAGGAAUCGACAAGGAUCUCUUUGCAGGGUUGUGAUACCAAACACUGGAGGCAUUUUCUGUGUCUUACUAAAUAUGAAAAUUGGGCCAAAUGCAAAACUUAAAGAACAGAAUAUAAUUAUGUAUGUAUAUCUAACCAAGUAUACCAAGCUUGCCUUUGUAAAUUUUGAUUGGUUAAACAUUCUGUAUGACGGCCCUUGGCGGGCUGUCCUAUGGGUCAGUCUACCCACGGUAAUCAUGGUCUGUACCAGUCGUUGAAUGGUUUUUCCACUGCUGCUAUUUAAUUUGCUUUACACAGAGAUGUACAAUACUUCAAUAAAAUGUCAAUAAUUUA